ACUAAGGUCAUUUAAAUAUACUACACGUGAAAGGGAUUUUCAUUCACCAGUUUCAAAGCUCCUCAAACAACAGGUGCAUUAAAGUAGCUGAAUUAUUGAUUAUGCAUCGUCGACACUGAAAAUCAUUUUACGAAGUUACUGCAGCUAAAAUGCCAACUCUUGACGACAUAAUUGAGGGCGCUACUAAUAAAAGCAAACGGCAACUGCAAGAAGCUUUACUGGGGCUAUUGAAAGGGAAUCCAGACAUUUUAGAUUUGGUAACGAAAUCAAAGUCAAAGACGCUGCAAGACAAAAAUGAAAUUACUGCAAGAUGUGCAAAUGAGCAAGAUGCACAAUUACAGAGAAGCUCAUCACUGUCCCACCCGGAACUUGAAAACUCUCCAAGACCCAGAUAUCAGUGGCAGUUGUCUGACAGUGAUGAUGGCAUAGACUCUACAUGGACUGCCACUACAAAGCACAUGUCACCUCGUGAACUUAGCAAAUGGCGCAAAGAGCUUUAUUCUAUUUACACAGGAUAUCUACCCUGUGACAUUACAAAGAAAGAGCUAGUACAGCUGUUUGGUGAAGUUGGAAAUGUACAAGAUGUUCAUUUACAGCCAUCAAGAGGAGGAAAUUACACUUAUGGCUUCAUUAGAUAUUGUACACUUGAUGAGUGCCGUGAUGCAAUUGAAAUGCUCCAUGGCCGUCUCCUUGGCAACAGCACCAUAACAGUAGAGUACGCAUCUGAGACUAAAGGAAGAAUGUCAUGUGAUGAUCCAGAUGAUGUACCUCAUGGCAACUUAAUUACUGGAGGAUUGGAGGAGAAGAACUGCGAAAUCGGCGGUGAACAUCAUAUGUCCAACCAACAGUCAGUCGCAACACACUUUACCGAGGAGGGUUUACAAAGCCAUAGGAUUUACGAGCACAACGUGACUAACGGGACGAAUACAGAAUGUUUACAAAGCAUGGAGUUGACAAAUCAUCAGGAAGUUUUUCAACACACGGAUAGCCAACUUAUCUCAGGAAGACCUUGUGAAGCUGACGCACUGCAUUCAAGAAACUCUACACUUACGCUCUCUCCACUCAAACGCUAUGAUUCAGUAGGCAGCCCUGGUAUGAGAGUCUCUCAGGGAAGGUACUUAUCCCCAAGCAGCUCUGAUGAAACAUCAUCUCCAGGGAGGUACACUUCCCCGAUAGGCCAAGAUUUUACUCCUUCUCCGACAAUCUAUACAUCUCCAAGCUGCCCAGAUGUGACUUCUUCGCCAAGACGAGGUGAUACCUCACUCAGUGAAGUAGAAACCAGCGGCUCUUUCAGUUUCGGCUCACUGUCGCUAGAGAAACCCCUCAGGCAAGAUUGUAAUAACUGCCAUGAAGAGAUCACAAGCAAUGUAUUAAAUUCGAGCCACGCGGGAAGCACACCAUCUCCUUGCCCCUCGUGUGCGUCUUCUUUGAAUGGCAUGGAACUCUGCUCUUUUGAAUCUGAUAGGCAUUACAACGAACUAGGGCCAGAGACUUCAGGAGAGUCGCCAGUGUCUUUUAAAGUACCCCAUCAGGAUCAAACGGGUGCUGCUGUGUCUACCAUAAAUGGAGAAGUAGUUCAAGAUUUUAAGGGUGUAUCACCACGACAUGAUCAAAUAAAGGUUCAUGAUACCUAUGUUCAGAUAGGAAAAGAAUCAGAUUCAGUGCCGACAAAAACGCCUCCUGUUCAAUGUCUUCCACGAGAACAUCCUUUUGAAGUUGAGAAGAACACUUACCCGGCUUCUUUGAAACCACUGUCCCCUAAUAAUGCAACGGUUCCUCUUUCAUCCGUUCCUGCUUUACUUCCGGCUGAACUUGUGUCUCCCGCGGGCUCGAGCAUAGUGGGACCGCAUGUAUCACCGCCAAUCGAUCCUGGUAGUGGAUCGGAUCCUCCUACAGGCGCUACUGCUUCAUGCACACCAGAGCCUGUUUCUUCUUCAAACUCAAGCACGGUAAGACCCCUCAUGAAACAACAAUUAUUCUCCAACCCUUCCCAUGGGCCUCAUGGGCCCCAUGGGCCACCCCAGCGUAUUCAACCAAUGCCGGUAAGCAUGGCUUCCAGAUUCCAACACCCUGACUUUCCGAGGCACCAGUCGGGUAAUUUGAUGUUUCCAGGAUGGAAUGCUGAUGCUUUUCUUCAACAGCAGCUUCUGGCGUCGAGGCUGCCGUUUGGACCACCAUUUUACGCAGGAAUGCGUGUAAUUCAACCAAAUAGUCCAGUAUCGUUGCCCUUACAGGAGCUCCGAACUUCUCUGGGGCGAUCCAACAGGGGUGCAGCAGGGAGGGGACGAUCAUUUGCACCAAGAUUUCCCAAUGCAAAUCUUGGAAAUAUUAGAACUCGUGGCGAAAUUGAGAAUAGUGAGUUACCUUCAACGACGAUCUUGCAGGAAACCUCUUCCGUGAGGACCACUUCAGACACACCUGAAGAUUAUACUCCCACUUUAUUUCAGAAUCAGAAAACCAAACUAGAAUCAGCAAACAUCGACCCUUUGCCGCUUUUCAAGAGCACACCGUAUUGUAGCCGUAACAAAAUUGACGAGGAAACAUCUUUGACUCAAAGUCCAGGAAGCAGUAAUUCUCCUCCGGACGGAAGCUGCUUUGAUGGUUUGGCAAAAGAGUCGGGAGAAGGGACUGAGUUUCGACGCUUUACACACGUCCGUCAGGAGGCUGACGAUCAAGAAAGAUUCAAUGCUGAGGAUGUGAAGCGAGUUACAUCUUCAAGCGGCACCUUAGAAAGUUUGGAAAACGAGAUGCAAAACUCUGAUGUGAAGAGCUUAUCUCCAAGUAAAAUGACACAGAGUGAACUGCGUCUCAAAGACCAAAAGAAUGAGUUGAAAAGGAUCGUCCGUGAGAAUGAAAUAAUGCGUCGGAACAUAGACUGGACGAAAUCCAGAGGAAUGGCGGGUAACAGGGAAGGAGAAAGUCAGCUCAAAGAAGAAAUUAGUGUUAAAGAGCUCUUUUUACAAAAGGAAAAGGAAAUAUUUGUUUUAAGAAAUCAAGAGCAAGAACUUUUGUUUGAAAGAGAAAAGUUAGAAGCUGCCUUUGAUCAACAACUAAAGAAACAGCUCGAGACAGAACAAAAGAUUGGUAAAACAGAGAACAAGAUUCAUCUAGCAAAAUUGGAGAAUGAGCUCCUAAGACUGUACCAGGAUCUCUAAGGAAACACUGUUAUCUAUUAG